UUGAUCUACGAAUAAUGGCUCCUGUUAUCAAAAUAGGCAUUAUUGGAGGUUCCGGCUUCGACGAUCCUGAUAUCCUCAAAAACAGAAAGGAAAAAACAGUCUCCACUCCCUUUGGAAAUCCAUCAGACGUCCUAAUUUUGGGAGAAAUAGAAAAAGUCCCAUGCGUUCUUCUAGCCCGUCAUGGUAGAAAACAUAACAUUACCCCAGGAAAUGUAAAUUACAGAGCAAACAUUUGGGCUCUGAAAGAAGAAGGAUGCACCCACAUCAUAGCUACGACAGCUGUUGGUUCCCUUCAGGAGAAUAUCAAACCUGGUGAUAUAGUUGUUUUAGACAGUUUCAUAGACAGAACUACAGGCCGCAAGCAAAGUUUUUAUGAUGGAGAACCAGGACACCCUAUUGGAGUUUGUCACAUACCACUAGAGCCAGCUUACUGCCAAGAAACAAGAAAAGUAAUCAUUGAAAUAGCAGAAGAACUGAAUAUUACCAUACAUUCAACUGGCACAGUUGUCACAGUUGAAGGUCCUAGGUUUUCAAGCAGAGCAGAAAGUAAUGUAUUUAGGCAAUGGGGUGGAGAUGUUAUAACUAUGACAGCUGUUCCUGAGGUGGUCUUAGCUAAAGAAGCAGGCAUAUGCUAUGCAUCCAUGGCCUUGGUUACAGACUAUGAUUGUUGGAGAGAUUCUGGGGAGAAAGUAUGUGUAGCUAAUGUUAUGAAAACCUUUUCUGAAAAUGUAGUCAAAGUAACAAGGCUCCUUACUACUGUCCUGCCAAGAAUUGCAGAGAGAGAUUGGGAAGCCACUAUUCAGGAAUUGAAGGAUGUAGUUCAAGGGAGUAUAAUGCUACCACACUAACCCAAGAUUAGCCAAGGAUAAUCCAAUAAAAUCAUAACUAAGGUGAGGCUAAUCAGGAUAUAUUCCCAAGUAGGUAUGGGAACUAAUGAAAUAAAUAAACAUUGUCAAAAUUAUGAGUGAAAAUAAAACAUGAAUAUACUGACAUAACAUUCCUCUAUUCUUCUGCAAAGUUCUUGAAAUAAUAAAUUUCUGCAUGUUUCAAGUAAUUUCAUCAGAAAUUGAAAUAAUUUCAAGCCCCAGGAACACAAUAAUAAAAACAUUCAAAGUUUAGAAGAACAUACACAUUUUUGAAUAUUGUUUCAGAUGAUGCAUGGCUAAAAGUUA